AUGAGAGGUUUUUUGGCGUGUUUUUGGGCUUUGGUGUUGUUGGUGAGCCAAAUUGUUGGUGGAGCCGUGGCGGCGGAGCAAUCGAGUUCGUCUAACUUAUUAGAGGAUGCUGAUGUGGCAGCAGCACCAAUUACAGUGAGUUUUGGGCCAAAAAAUCAUGAAAAAUCCCGGAUUUUCGACCAAAAAUCACGAAAACUUGAGAAAAUUGGGUUAUUUCAAGUGUCUCCCCGCAAAAUGCCGUGAAAAUUUGCAGGCCUACAAACGAUUCUACCGUUGGGUGGACACAAAACGCGGAGAGGAUGAUGUGGAUGCGAUGCGCGCGAAACGCAAGCAAUUUUACGCAUGGGCCGGUAAACGCAGUGCACCAAAUAUGGCAGAGGACUAUAAUAUGAGCAAUAACAUGGAGGUGCAAAAACGGAAGCAGUUUUACGCAUGGGCUGGAAAAUAA